AUGAGCCCGCGUGCGGCCUGCUGUUGCACCGCGCGCCGCUUUAGAGGCCCACGCGCGGCCCACUGCUGCCCUCCGUGCUGCCUUAGGAGUCCGUGCACCGCCACUGCAGUCCGUGCGCCGCCACUGCAGCCUUGCACGCAGUCUCUCCUUGCUUGCCUUUUGCCUUGCCACCUGCGCACUAGACUUGCCUAUGCUGCAUGCAUGGUGACUCUCAACGUGCUUGCGUUCGAUCCUGACGGUCGCCCAGUAGAGUUUAACACCUGGCUUGACGACCUGCAACUGUUCCUUCUGACUGAUGCCAAGGACGGUGUUUCCCUGUUCGAUUACGUGUCUGGCACUGCCGUUGCUCCUGCUGACACUGAGCCUGCUCUAGACCGCUCCCAGUGGCAGACCCACGAUGCUGCUGCGCGCCUCGCUAUUCGCAACCAUCUUCCGAUCACAGAGCGCGCGCAUUUUAGCCAGCACAUAACUGCCAAGGCGCUUUACGACGCUGUAGUUGCCCACUGCUCUUCCCCGGCCACUGCAGCCCUCGGUCGACUUAUGCUACCCUACCAAUUCCCCGACCUGUCCUCGUUAACCACCGCUGAGGACCUCAUCUCUCACCUACGCGCUAGUGACACUCGCCUUCGUGCCGCCCUUCCAGCCGAGUUCGUCGCAAAGAACCACCCCCCGAUGUACUUCCUCAUCACCCGCCUCCCUGACACUCUUCGCUCAGGGUGCUCCCCCUCCCCUCUCACCCCCUCCUACGCCUCUGCACCUGCUGCUGUCAACCUCCUUGGUGCUGAGAAGGUCGCAGCUGCUUCCGCUCCGAGUGGGAACCGCAGCGGCUUCAAGGGAGGCAAGGGUGGCAGGGGUGGCGGACGUGGCAGUGGAGGGGGCGGUGGUGGAGGCGGCGGGGGCGGUGGAGGUGGUGGCGGUGGUCAUGGGGGUGGAGGUAGUGGUGGGGGCGGUGGUGGUGCCGGGAGCGGUGGUGGUGGCAGCGGCGGUGGUGGUGGAGCGAGGAGUGUUGGUGGCGGUGGUGGUGGGAGUUUGGGUGAGGCCGGUGGUGGGCAGGGGCAGCAGCAGCAGCAGCUGUUGGGUGCAAAUUCACAUUGCACGACAUCCUGCCGUCUGUUUGUCUGA